CAUCGGCUAGUGUUGAGGAAAACAUUUGCAUUUCUAAAUGGCAUGGUGUUCUUUACUGAGCCAUUUAGUGCAGUUUUUCAACCCUUUUCUGGACAUAUUUGUGUACCACCACUGCUGAAGGUGACAGCAUGUGGCAAUAGAGCAUCGCCCAUGCUCUUUUAUUCAGCUCCAGGGCACACACAAAUUGCACAAAGUGUCCAAAUGCCCAAAGUGUCCAAAUGUCAAGACUGUACCUGAUGGUCGAUAUUUUUGGACCUGGAAAGGCUUAUGCUGCUUACACCACGGGCUGACCUGACCUGGAAUCAAAAAUGAAUUGGGCGUCUUUUUACGCCGUAAUCAGCGGUGUAAAUAGGCAUUCAACAGGCAUUGGCCGGAUCUGGCUCUCUGUCAUCUUCAUCUUUCGCAUUAUGGUUUUAGUAGUGGCUGCCGAGAGUGUGUGGGGCGAUGAGAAGUCUGGCUUCACCUGCAACACCCAGCAGCCUGGUUGCAACAGUGUGUGUUAUGACCAGUUCUUCCCAAUUUCUCAUAUCCGUCUCUGGGCCCUGCAACUGAUUCUCGUCUCAACACCAGCACUGCUGGUAGCUAUGCAUGUUGCUCACCGCAGACACGUCGACAAAAAGAUCCUUAAAUUAUCAGGACGAGGUGGCACAAAGGACUUUGAACAAUUAAAGAAUCAGAAAUUCAAGAUUACUGGGGCACUUUGGUGGACAUAUAUGAUAAGCAUAAUUUUUCGCAUAAUUUUAGAAGUGACCUUCUUGUACAUAUUUUAUUUAAUUUACCCUGAUUUUAAAAUGGUGCGUCUUGUUAAGUGUGAUUCUUAUCCAUGCCCUAACACGGUGGACUGCUUCGUUUCUCGUCCAACAGAGAAGACCAUCUUUACUGUCUUCAUGCUGGUGGUGUCUGGUGUUUGUGUUUUGCUAAACAUUGCUGAGGUGCUGUAUUUGGUAGGUAGAGCAUGUGCCCGUUACAUGCAGAAACCGGAAGGGGAUCCACAAGGACCUUGGCUUACUCAAAUGCUGUCUCCCUACAAGCAAAAUGAAAUCAAUCAGCUCAUAUCAGAGCAUUCCUUUAAGCCCAGAUUGAAUUUGUCGAGAAAGAGCCCUACUGACAAGGGGGAGAGAUGUUCUGCAUUUUAGCUGCUACCACCUGGGAGGAUUUACUAAUCAUUGGUAAUUAACUUGGAGUCUCAGUAAUCUUGACUAGUGUUAUCUUGAUUCAAUUUUGGUGUUUUUGUUAAAGUAUGCUAAAGAUGGAUAUUUGCACUUUUUAAUGAGAUGCAAUUAAAAAAAUGAAUGGUGAAGGGCAAAAUCUGUAUGUAUUAUUCUAAGCAUUGGUCUAAGAAUUUGGUGUUACAGGAAACAGAAGGAAAAAAACAAACAUUAUAUUUGUUGUAUUCCCAAGGACUUUUUGGGAUGGGGGGAGGGGGAAUCUAUAAUAU